GUUGGUAGUUGGACCAAUUCGAGCCUCGGCUCCUGGGGGGCCCUCCGGAGGCUCCCGCCCUCCAGGGGCUAUGAAGAGGGCCACCCGCAAAUCCAAAAAAGACAGACGUGUCAGCCGCAAGGUCAAGUCAUCUGUACACAACUUGAGCAAAACUCUGCAGACCAAACUCACUGUGAGCAGCCUGGGAAUAGGCUUGAUCCUCAUUCAGCAUGGGCCCUACCUCCAGAUCACUCACCUCAUUAAGAGAGGGGCUGCAGCUCAGGACGGGAAACUCCAGCCAGGUGAUGUUCUGAUUAGCGUUGGUCAUGCCAAUGUGUUAGGAUAUACUCUUCGAGAAUUUUUAAAGCUUUUGCAUCAAAUCACCAUAGGAACAGUGCUACAAAUCAAGGUUUACCGAGAUUUUAUUGACAUACCCCAAGAAUGGCAAGAAAUACAUGAUUUAAUCCCUGAGACCAAAUUCCCAGUAUCACACACACCAACAAAAACUGGGAAGGAAAAAGAUGAAGCUCUUACAAGCAGUGAUGAUAAUGAAGAUGUAGUUUUAGAUAAAAGACUUAAAUAUUAUAGAUAUCCACGGUCAACUGGGCAUCUCCCUGCAGGGAGACCAAUAUCCAUCUCCAGUGACUGGCACAGAUAUAAAAAGAAGAACCGUACUAUUAGUGUAGGAAAAGACAUUAACUCUGAUGUGACAAUUCACAGAGAUCAAAAGACAGAAGUGAGAGCUCCUUCUCCAUACUGGACAAUGGCAAAGCGUGGCAACGUAAGCUCCUCCUCCUCGGCUUCCUCUAUCUCAGAUGCCUUCUGGCUGGAAGACUAUGCCCAAGGUGAAAAGGGCAAAGCUCAACCAGUAUCAAAGAUUGGUUAGGCAGUGGUUUGAUCUGUGAUCAUACAAGCACUUAUCUUGAAAUCACACAAUUUUUGUUCAUUACUAUAUGUAAGCUUGCUAUACUUAUAGGAAUACAUACACUGUAAAGCCUUCACAGACCUUUAAAGUGAUUAGAAUUCCCUGGAGUCUUGUAGGCCUCACAAGUCUUAUUCUCAAGAUAGCAACACCAUUCAGAUCACCGAAGAUUGUCUUUUCUGUGAAGAAUUUCUCAUCUUUUAGAAAUGCAGUAGCAGAACCUAGUAUCACAAUGUCUGAACGUAGCAGAGAACUUCACUUAAGGUAAAUAUCACAUUUUAUUCUUUAGAUAUUUAGUUUUUCUCUUUUUUCUUUUUCUUAUUCCUUUAUACUCUAAUGUUGAGGCACUUUCUUUAUGUCUUGAGAUCUAAUCAACACUACCCUGCUCCUCAACUUCAAGUGCCCUACUUAAAUAAAAGGGAUACAUUCUGUGGCUAGCUGUUCAAAUGUUUCCUCCCCCCUUUCAGCCCUACUUUUACUUUGAAUGUUGUAUUGAGAGUUAAUUAAUUGAAAAAGACAGGAUAGAAACAGAUAAGGGAGAGACAGGAGAUGAGAGAAAAAUAAAAUUCUGCCAAUGAAGAUAAAUCAGACAUAUAAAAUGAAGGAAUGGGAAUAUGGGAUAUGAUAGGAAGUUUGUUUUCCACAAAUAAUUCUAUUACAAAGAAGGCAAAAGCAGGUAAAAACCAGACUAUUUAACAUUGUAUCCCAAAUGACAGAUUUUGAACUUGCCUUUUUUUUUUUUUUUUAAUGAGACAGAGUCUCAUUUUGCUGUCCUUGGUAGAGUGAUGUGGCCUUAUAGCUCACAGCAACCUCAAACACUUGGGCUCAAGCCAUUCUCUUGCCUUGGCCUCUGGAGUAGCUUGGACUACAGGCAACUGCCACAACGCCUGUCUAUUUUUAGAGAUGGGGGUCUCACUUUUCCUCAGGCUGAUCUGGAACCUGUGAGCUCAGGUGAUCCACCUGCCUCAGCCUCCCAGAGUGCUGGAAUUACAGGCAUCAACCACUGUGCCCAGUUUAAACUUGCUUUUAUCU